AUGACAUCAGUGAGACGACCGAGCUAUAGCUUUUGUUCUUCUCAUCAUUUUUGUAUUGAAGGUGUUUGGUGUGGAGAUUGGAGCAUCAGUCUGCCAGAAAAGAUUGAAGCUCUGAGUGGAUCCUGUGUGACUAUAAACUGCACAUUUACUAUUAAUAACACAUAUGACAAAGAUCUCACUGACAGUGCUGCAGGAGUGUGGUAUAAAGAUGGGAGUCAAGACAACAAAAAUAUUGUGUUUAACUCCAGAAAGUCCAAUCUCUCUUUUAAAGGGAACAUAACUGGAAAAUUAAAAGACAAGAACUGUACUACCAUCUUUUAUAAUGUUACUUCAAAUCAUGCAGGUACAUUUUACUUCAGGAUUGAGGGUAAUGAUGGACUGAAAUAUACCUACAAACAAAAUUCUUCUUUAGGUGUGAUCGACUCUCCCCCUAAACCCACAGUGCAGAUGUUUAAGGAUCAGAUGAAGGUUCAGGAGGUGUUAGAGGGGAGCUCUAUGUGUCUGCGCUGCUCUGCUAAGACUCUCUGCUCCUCUUCUCCACCAACUCUCACAUGGAGCUCCACUGACAGACUCCACCUCAAUGAGAGCAGCAGACUACAGCUGGAUCAACAGAAACAAACUGAGAUCAUCUCUGAUCUGAACUUCACUGCUACUCACCUUCAACAUGGAGUCACUUUCAUCUGCACUAUAACCUACCAGAUACAGCAGAGGAUCACAACAGCACAGAACAACAUCACAUUACGUGUUCUGUAUGCACCAAAAAUCUCUCUCUUCAGUUGUAACAGAACUGAUGUAACUGUGUGUUUGUGUGAGGCUCAUGGGAAUCCCUCUCCUAAAGUGGAGUGGUUUCUAUCUGGACGUCCUGUCAGUAACUCUACAAACACAUCCAUCAGUGAGGAGCGAUUGAGCAGCACAGACUUGAGGAGCUUCAUUUCUCUCCAUCAGUCACUUACAAACACAGACACUCUGCAGUGUGUCAUCAUCAACACUCACAGCACUGCCAGUCAACAGAUUCAACUGGUUGCCAGUCCUCAGGAGAUGAUAAAUUGUCAACAGACUUUAAUUCCACUCCAGUUCAUCAUAACACUGAUUCUUUUCCUGUAUGCUCUGACUGUUGGAUUUGGACUUUACAGAAUUAGACAAUUGAGCAGCAAGCUGAAGGUUCACAAUGAUGCAGGCACAUAUGCUUCUCUUCAGCUCUCUGCAGUGUCUGAAUAUGAGACUUUGAAUAUAAAGAAAGAUGACACACAAUAA